GCGCUCCUCCCUCCCCAGCGCCGCACGGGCGGGGACCCACCGGUUCCGCCCGGCACUAGCAGCGGAGACAGGAGGACCCCUGGGAUCGGGACCCCCAGCGUCUGGUCGCCCAACUCUGUUCAGGCUUAGGCCCGCAUGGAGGGGACUGCAGAGUCCCAGACGCCUGACCUGCGAGACGUUGAAGGCAAGGUGGGCAGGAAGACCCCCGAAGGGCUGCUCCGCGGGCUUCGAGGGGAACGGGAACCGGGAACCUCUGGAGCCCUGCUGCUCCCUGGGGCGCCUAGCACGGGCCAAGGCCUGGGGGACAAGAUCAUGGCGCUGAAGAUGGAGCUGGCUUACCUGCGAGCCAUUGAUGUGAAGAUCCUUCAGCAGCUGGUGACUUUGAACGAGGGCAUUGAGGCGGUGCGCUGGCUAUUGGAAGAGCGGGGGACGUUGACCAGCCACUGCAGCAGCCUCACCAGCAGCCAAUAUAGCCUGACAGGUGGGAGUCCAGGCCGCUCAAGGCGAGGCAGCUGGGACAGCCUGCCAGAUAUCAGCUCCACCGAUCGGCUGGACAGUGUCUCCAUUGGCAGCUUCCUGGACACCGUGGCCCCUGGCGAGCUGGAUGAACAGGGCCCCCUUGGUGCUCCCCGCCCUGAGAUGGACUGGGCAAAGGUUAUACCUGGUGGGGAGAGGGCCAGGACUGAGGUGGACCUGACAGCCACCAAGCUAGGGAGCUUGAGGGCUGUGUGGAAGCCCCCAGGUGAGGGGCUCCAGAGUGGACCUCCUGAGCCACCAGAGGAUGAGAGUGCCAAGCUGGGCUUUGAGGUCCACUGGUACUGGGGGCAGUGCCAGGAUGAUGUGACCUUCCUGUAACAACUUUUCCACUCGUGCACUGCUGUGGCUCUUUCUCCACUAGGCCCUGGUCUCCCUUAAAAUUGAUUCUCUCUUAAUCUGGGACUAGAAAGAGGCUGCAUUGAACUCAGUUAUCAGGGAAACCUGGCCUCACCAUCCCUCUGGUCUCUGGGGAGGCUAUGCCUUUAUCCCUCAAUUACUGGGUCCAUAGAGCUAUUUCCAUAGAUACAUUGACUCUAGAGGCUUGACCUGUGGCUCCUGGUGUGAUGUUCUCACUUUCCUUUUGCCCUGUAAUUAGGUAAGGAUUUGAGGGAUUUAGGACACUUAGGAGAUCACUGAAAAAGAGAUGGGGGUAUAAUGAUCUCAUCCAACAUCUAGGAGCCUUGGCUUCCCCUCUUGGCCAAGAUGCAGGACUGCUGAGGGACAUGGACACUUGGGGCCACCCCUCCAUGGAUUGGCCUGCCCAGAAGUCUCUGGGGUCAGUAGAACCAUUUUUCUUGUUUGGUGAGUGAUGUCAUUACCUGCCAGGAUAGAUUAAUCUUUCCACUGUAUCAGCCCUAUGGUGGUGAUAGGUCCAAAUAGUGUCUGAACUCCUACUGCUAGGUGAGACCGUGCCACCUAUUCUCCAUACCAUUGCUUCUUGUGAGGGAGAGUGGAACACUCCUCCUGGCAGGAAAGUUUCCCCCUGUUAGAUGUCUGGACUUCUUUUCGGAAAGGUUCAUACUUUUUAAACAGGGUGUUCACAUUUUAUCCCAGGUGGUCUCGUACCUCUGUGACCAUAUCCCUGUCUAGUGCCAGCACUCCUGUAUCUGUGCUUCUGGGGAGGGAGACUGGCCAGGGCCUCCACCUGCUGCGCUCAAAGUCUGUUUGGCCUGCCCUGCCACAGUCCCCUGUUUUACUCUGUCCCUGGGUUGCCCCCGUUCUUGUAUUCUGGUUCCAAAUCUGACUGCCUGGAGAUUCAGCUUUUGUGUCUCCACCCCUUCUCAAUUUCCACAUCCACUUCAGACCUCGGGCCUUUUAUGUGCAGAUGAGUCCCCCAGCCUCUUCUCCCCAUUGCUGAUGGGAGCCAGAGGGAGGAGGUGCUUGAGGUCUCAGAGCUCUGGAGGUGUCCCAGAAUCCCCAAAGUGAGGAGGUGUCUGUCCUCUUCUCUAAUCCUGUGAUUUCCCCUCCCCCACCCUCUCCCAAACCCUCCACCAUUUGGUCACAAGGACCUGCCCAGAGACUGGGACACAAGGAAUCCCCUUGUUUUAGUUACAAUGGAGGGGGGUGUGGCAGGGAAAGACAGAGGCUCUUUAGUCCUAGGGCCCACAUCCUGGGGGGAGAGAGAGAUCCAGGGAAAGGCCACUUCGCGUCCUCUGUCAGAGCAAGCCCUAGACUCCAGGACCUGAGGAGGGAGCAGGGGACUGCCUCCCAGCCCAGGUCCCAGGGCCCUAAUCAAUUACACCAAAGAAGGAAUUCAGGAAAGCAGCCAACCUGAGGCUCAGGGAGAGGAUGAGGAGAUAAGGGCUGUGGCUGAUGUUAAAGAAUGAAUUCUUGGAGAUUAACCCUUUGAACCCCAGGUAACUGCCCACAUGUUGGCCAUUAUCUUUCCUGGACCCUGAAACUAGAUUACUGGCAGGCAAAAAGGAGAGAAAAGGAUAUCGGGUGAUCCUCGCCUAUUUGCUGUGCCCUCCUGAGUUGUAGGAGUGGUCCCCUAACCCUAGAGUAACUGCCGCAGUUUCUCUACUUUUUAGUCUAUGCUGGGGAAGGGAAGGAAGCCAAGUGGAUUAUCUCUGCUUCCCCUAAACUCCAGUCCUGUUCUGCACUCCCCACCCAGUCAUUUGGGGGCAAUACAUUCAGUCCAUGGCUGUCCCUUUCUAAAGACCCUCUCUCCUCUUCCUGUCCCCUUAAUGUGACUGAAAUCACUGAAAUAUAUUCUUAGCCUCUCCUCUGCUGUCCGCCAGCCCUUUCCUUACCACCCCAAACCUCAGGCUGGAAAUUCACAUACCCUUUUGAAAUUCCUAUUCUGUUGCCGUAUUGUAGUGUGCUCUUGGGUAAACUACCUUGUAUUUCUUUCUGAAGCUUACUUGUUUGUUUAGUCUACAAACUUCUGAGCUGAAGAAGUUGCCUGCCCUCUUGUGGCCAUUUUGCCAUUAUGCACCAUUGCCGUGGGUAGCAGGGUGGAAUUUCCAAAUUCAAAUACUGCAUUACAGAAGACCAGCCCCUCGUUGCACAGGCAGGCUGGAGAGAAUGGCCUGGAGAGGUCAGAGACUUGUCCAGUGUCAUCCAUGUUAAAUCCAUAGUAAUACCCAGGCUAGAGAACCCACACGGCCUGCCUGCCUGCCUGCCCACAGGUCCAUCACUGGGCCAGAUUGUUCCCGCACCUCACCCAGUCGAUACUAUCCAAGCUCAAAGGGACUGAAAGCAACUUUCCUUUGUUUAGUAUUUAUGUUAUCAUCCUACUGUGAGGUAGUUCAAUGUUUAGAGAAGAGCUAUAGGUUCUGAGGAGAGAAAACCUUGGACCUGAAUUGGAUACUAAUCUGGACUGCAGAUAUAAGGGAAGUCAAUCCUGCACCAUUUUUCUGGGUGGGGAGGGUGAGUCACAGAGGCAGAACUCAGCAUUUCAAACCUGGAGGUUAGAGGUAGGGGCUGGGGUGGAGAGGUUUGAGAUUAGGAAGUCCAGGUGGGUCCUGUGGAGUUGGGGGGCUCUAUAGCUGGGGGGAUUAUAGCUCAAUUGGAUAGGCAUCUGAGGGUUGAGGAGGUGGAGAGCUGAGGUAAGUUGGGAUGCCUGGGCACUCCAGGUAGGUCUGGGCAUCCUGCUUAAAACCUUAGGCCCUAUUUUGCUGCCAGAGUAGUUCAGGAACGCAGUAAACACCCGUCCUUGGUCCCUCCUACCUGCCUCUAGACUGGCUACUUGAGGCUUAGCUCUUCUGUUAAUUUAGGCCUUCCUAGGCUAUAAGGAGGAUCUGUUUAGUAGCUCAUAGAAAGAGAAGGGAGGAAAAGGGGGAAAGGUACAGAGAAAUAAGAGAGAAUAAGAUGAAAAUAGAGUGUUGUCAGUAUGAUCAGAGGGAGCAUACUGUCCUCCGAGUGGGCCUGCAGCUUUAGUCAGCGCUCAGGGUAGAGGCAGAGAUGAGACUGCUCCUGGCAGCUGUGGAGACAGCACCUGGUAGGAUAGGGGUGUUGCUGGCCGGGAUGGGUAUAUGUGAGCAAGUGUAAGGGCGUGCAUUUAGGAUGUGGGCAGUGAGGCUGAGCACCGGCAGCAUAGGUGAGAAAUGCUUGGGGUUUUGGGGGACCACAAAUUCACUGUGCGCGCGGUACAAGGCACAUGCUGGGUGUUCAGUGAUAUCUGCCUACUGAAUGGAGGAAUGAAUGUGUAAACCCACAAGGAGAUGUAACUUAUUUUUUUUAAAGUGGGUAAUUAGGUAAUAGUAGGUAAUUUAAAACAUUAUUUGAUUCUUAGCAACCCUGUAAACAAUGCCUUAUUAACGAUGUAUCAUUGCUUAGGCACUUGAUCAGGGUCAGAGAGGUAAUAAAUGAAUGGUAAUAUAAACCUAGUUCAGUCUAACUGCAGGGACUUCCAGGAGGUCUUCUCUGAUUCUCCACUUCCCACUCUCACAGACCCUGCUUUCCUGGGAGAACAGGUUAGUGCUGCCUAGCUGCAGGGCCAACGUGCGAGUUUCUUAUUGCUGCUGUGAUGACUUACCAUAAACUUAAUUGCCUAAACAACACAAAUGUGUUAUAGUUCUGGAGAUCACAUGUCUGAAAUCAAUUUCAUUGGGUUAAAGUCAAGGUGUUGACAAGCACCUGGUAGGAUAGGGGUGCUUGCCUUCCUUUUAGAGAUUCUAGGGGACAGUUCAUUUCUUUACCUUUUCCAGGUUCUAGAGGCUGCUUGCAUUCCUUGGUUCAUGGCCCCUUCCUCCAUCAUCAAGCCAGCAGCAUAGCAUUUUCACCGCUCUGGCCUCUGCUUCCAUUCUCGAAUCUUCUUUCUCUAAUUCUCCUGUUUCAUCGUGAUUACAUAUCCUUGUAAGUACAUUGGGUCCACUGAGAUAAUCCAGGAUCAUUGUCCUAUCUCAAGAUCCUUAAUUUAACCCUGUCUUCAAAGUCCCUUUUACCAGCUAAGGUGAGGUAGGAAUUAGGACAUGAGCAUCUUUGGAGGUGAGGACAUUAUCCAACCACAGGCAGAGAUGGAGGCUGAGCAGGAGGAUGCACCCAGGCACAGCAUGAGCAUCUGUGCUUUGUGCAGCCUCCCUCAGCCCCGUGCCAAGGAGGAGGUGGCUAGGUCCAGGCCUCACGUCUGGGGAAAGGCAAGUGACUCCAGUGUCAUCACUAUCAGGAAGACGUGAGAGUGAUGGCCAGACUUGAGAAAAAUUCUCAAUUUUUUGAACUUUUCAGGCCUGAGACUCUGUUAGUGGACACGAUUGCCUCUUCUCCAGGACCAUUCUGUGCUCCUCAAGGCAGGAGAUAAUUACCAGCAAACCAGCCUAUGCUUUCUCUGGAAAGGGUAGAUUUUUCUCCUUUUUAAAAAAUUAUUGGUUUUAGAAAGAGAGAGGAAGGGAGAGAAAAAUAUCAAUUUGUUGUUCCACUUAUUAUGCAAUCAUUGGUUAAUUUUUUAAAUUUUAUUUAUUGCUUUUUAGAGAGAAACACCGAUUUGAUGUUUCACUUAAUUAUGCGUUCACUGGAUGGUCCUUGUAUGUGCUCUGACCAGGAAUCAGACCAACAACCUUAGUCUAUAAGUUUGAUGCUCAGACAAACUGAGCUACCUGGCCAGGGCAACUUUCUCUUUUUUAAAUUAUUUUUUAUUCCUUAAGAGUUAAACUCUCAUCAUCAGUUGAUACUAGGUCUCUUUCUUGUUCUAUUUGCUUUUCAUCCCUAAUCCUUAGUCUUCUCCCAGACCUAGGCAUACACUCUAAUGUGUUCAAUAUGUCUUUGUAAUGUAUGUGUCUUUAAAUAUAUAUGAUCAUGUGCUUAUGCUUUCUAAUAUAUAUAAAUGGUAUACUUUUAUAAGAAGUAUGAUAACUUUUAUAAUGAACUGCCCCAUAUUUCAGUGGUUUCACGCAAAAAAAGAUUUAUUUUCUACUCACACAGGAGCACAGGUGUCCUGGCUGGACAGCUGUCUUCCACUGUGCAUUUCAGGUCCCAGUCUCCUUCCGUUUGAGGUGGUGGUAGCCUGAUCCUGCAUCAGAAGGUUCCCUGUCAGCUUUCCACCAAGUUGGUUUAUCAUCCAUUAAUGACCAUUUUAUUAAUUGGUUAUUUCACCAGCGAUUACAAAAUAAUGACUUUAUAAUUCUAUUAUUUUUUCUUUUCUUAUUUCUAAUUCUGUAAAAAGCCUUUUUUUUCACCUCCUCUAGGACCAUUUGGUUCCCCUGAAAUAAAGUUCAUACCAGAAUGUCAACACUAAUGCUUAAAUCUCAUUAUUUAUCUCUUUCAAAGUGGUAGGUUGAUGUCCUAGCAUCUUGGUGUUGAUUUUGUUUCACUUUCUCUUUAAACUGUUGGGAACUUGUAGUUUUUAUAUACAGGGUCCAGCACAAAUAACGCCCCUUUUUAUUACAAAAUCAUAAGCAUGUAAUCAAAACAAUAUCACACUCAAGAACACCAUAUGACAUUUUAGGUGAAAUGUUCAAAUUAAAACUAAAUUGUUAGACCCAUAUUAUUACUCUGCCAAUCACGCUCAAGGAGGCAUUACUUCUGCCAGACCCUGUAUUUAAUGUUUAAUCAUUUGUAGUCAUUUUUGUUUUAUAUUAUCUAAAAUUUCAAGCAUAUACAAAAAUAUAGAAAAUAAUAAAAUGAAUUUCCGGGUACCCAUCACUCAGCUUUAAAAAUUAUCAACUCAUGACCUAUCUUGGUUUAUUUAUUCCCUCAACUACUCUCCCCCUAACUGAGGUUAUUUUGAAACAAACCUCAAAAUAAAAUUCCAAUUCACAUGUAAAUGUUUUAGUAAGUAUCUCUAAAAAAUAAGGACUUUUAUUGCCAUAAUUGCACCUAAAAUUAAUAAUUUCUCAAUAUAAUAAAAUAUAGUUUUUGUUCAAUUUUCCCCACUUGUUUUAGUGUCGGGGUUAUGCUGGCCUCUUAAAAGAGUUAGGAAUUGUUUGCUCUUCCCCUGUUUUCUAAAAGCAUUUGUAUAAGAUUGGCGGUAUUAUUCAGUAUUUGAUAGA